CGGAUUUUCGUCUCGUUCUCUGUGUUGUUGUUCUCGGUGACGCGACGGAGGUGUAGCCUGACGCGGUCUCUUACGUGUCGGCCUGAAUAAAAGUGGAGCUCCGAGGGCUCGAGAGUGACGGAGGGAGUCUGUAUCGAACUUGCAUAGUUUUUUUUCUCCCAUACUAUGGGAGUCAGUGGGGACCAUCAACCGUUACUUACCCAUAUUCUACCCAUCUUUUAUCAUCAAGAAAGAAACUUAUACAGGUUUAAAAUAACUUGAAGAUUUCUGCAGUAGCAGAGAGUGAAGGCUUACCAGAGUCAGUGGACGUGUGACUUUUGUCUGGGUCUCCCUCUUAUAGCUAACUCGAUGACCAUGGAGUCGGGAGCCGAUGCCCAGCAGGGUGCAGACACUGCGGUCUCUGAAACUGAGAACCAGCAGAUCACACAGGCCCAAAUUGCCACUCUUGCACAGGUAACAAUGGCUGCGGGACACGGUAGUGCCACAGCACCCACAGUCACCCUGGUGCAGCUGCCCAAUGGUCAAACGGUACAGGUGCACGGAGUAAUUCAAGCUGCUCAACCUUCAGUCAUUCAGUCUCCACAUGUGCAAACUGUCCAGAUUUCCACAGUAGCAGAGAGUGAGGACUCACAGGAGUCAGUGGACAGUGUGACCGACUCUCAAAAACGAAGAGAGAUCCUUUCUAGACGCCCCUCAUAUAGGAAAAUCCUGAAUGACCUAUCAUCAGACGCUCCAGGAGUUCCGAGAAUCGAAGAGGAGAAAUCCGAGGAGGACGCUGCGCCUGCCAUCACUACAGUGACCGUGCCAACUCCAAUAUAUCAGACAAGCAGCGGCCAGUACAUCGCCAUUACACAGGGUGGAGCCAUUCAGCUAGCAAAUAAUGGUACAGAUGGAGUGCAGGGAUUGCAGACUCUAACCAUGACCAAUGCAGCAGCAGCCCAGCCGGGGACCACAAUCCUGCAGUACGCCCAGACCAGUGACGGUCAACAGAUACUGGUGCCCAGCAAUCAAGUGGUGGUACAAGCUGCUUCUGGAGAUGUUCAGGCCUAUCAAAUUCGUACUGCCCCAACUAGCACUAUUGCUCCAGGUGUGGUCAUGGCGUCCUCUCCGGCCCUGCCAAGCCAAGGAGGUGCUGAAGAGGCCACGCGCAAGAGGGAGGUCCGCCUCAUGAAGAACAGAGAGGCUGCUCGUGAAUGCCGUCGAAAGAAAAAGGAAUAUGUCAAGUGUCUGGAGAACCGUGUGGCCGUUUUGGAGAACCAGAACAAAACUCUCAUUGAGGAACUCAAAGCACUCAAAGACCUGUACUGUCACAAAUCAGAGUGAUGUACCACCCGUUCUCCUUCAUUCUGGCAGACUUACAUGUACAGAGACUAAAGGGCGAGUCAGCCAGACACGGACGCAUGUUUUCUAAAUGUUUUCUUAUUUUAAAUUGCUGCAGACUGCCUGUAUGAACACACAAGUACGUGAGGGAACUGAACAGAAGCCCCCUGGCCAACACAAAUCUCCUCUAGAAAUAUCGGAUCAUGUCAUUAAAGACAAAAAAUGCUGAAAACCUUACUGUGGACAUAAACACACAAGUACGUUCUCAGCCAUCUUUACUUCCGGACUCAAACCGAAACUCAGAGGAGGGGUUUGUGGGAAAAUGUUUACCUUUUUUUCCAGUGUGCUGGUGUAAAGUCGUCAAUAAUUUUUAAAAGAGAUACAAAUAAUGUACAAUAAUAAUAAUUUAACUGACAUUUCAAUAGUAUGGUAGGCAUCAAGAAAGAUUUUUGUCUUGGAGUUGGCAUCAUUCCCUCUUGACAUUUUAAAGGUUUAACGUGUCUGACUGUUACUUUUAUUUGGUGUAUAGUGCUCUUGUGUUUUAAGUUGACAUUUUUACCUUUAAAUAUGAACAAACUAUAUACAAUUAUGAAAGCUGAUUUACAGAAUCUAUGCCAUUUAUAAACAGAAAUAUUGUGUAUUGUAUACAGAACAAGAUUAUAGCCCGUGUAUAUUUCGAUUUUGCUCAUUUUAGAUGACAAACAAUUACCUAAAUCAUUUAAUUUCUUAAAAUACUGCCUUUGCAGUAGCAACAGUUGCACAAACACUAUAUAAAAAGGUAAUUCUAUUGCAGACAUUUGGUCAAAUGUACACCAAAAUUCACAUUACAAUGUCAAGAAUUACUCGGAAGUGAUUUUGAAAAUAUUUUUCAGGUUAAACGUUUCUUCACAUUUAUAUUGAUCAUAUUUGGCAGAUCACUUUUGUGUUAUGCUUGUGUAUCAUAGAGCUAUAAUUGGAUGAAAUACAAUCCAAUACAUUCUAUCUUUGGCAUUAUAAACAAAAGCAUGUUUUAUAAAUAUUACAUUAGCUUUGAUAUUGUUAUAUGGUCAAUUUUUCAUUUCAACACUAACUGGGAGGCAGUGUCUUUGUAUUUGAUAAUGUGAUAACAUAAGUAAAGAGUACAUGUUAUCUAUUAUAGCAUUUUUGGCAGCUAUUUCAUAUAUAUAUAUAUAUAUAUAUAUAUAAAAAAAAAAGAUGUUAAAAGGAUUUCUCUUGGUUUCAUUUUUCCUUUGUUCACAUUCAGUUGCUUCUGAAAAUUCAAGAAAAAACUGAACAGUUGGUAACUUAAGUUACAGUUUGCCUUCAUCAACGCAAGUUGUAUUUUGUUUACAAAGUCAUCUCAGUUGACCCAAACUGUUUAAGGCUUUUAAAGUUCUUGAUGAAUAAUAAUAAUAAUAAUAAUUAUUAUUAUUAUUAUUAUUUUUAAUCUGUCGAUUAUUGGACUUUAAAGUUGUUUAAAAGCAAAAGGGGUUCACAUUUUGGUUGUAGUGACAUUUUGAAAGUUUUUGAAAGAGAUGUUAGCAGCCAAAGAGACUUAUGAAUUUAAAAAUGCCCAUCAACAACCCCAGUCUGUACUGAAAUAUACCUUUGUCAUCUGUUGGCAAGUGCAUCAUCUGCUGCUACUCUUAAACUUCGAACCGUCUGCCUGACGUGUCAUUUACGCAUUCAGCCGUGACAAAUUAGGGAAGCAAUCUCUCCUCGGCAGGCGCUCACGGUCCAGAUCUGCAGUCUAACUGCUUAUGCAAGCUGACAUGCAACCUGAUUUCCCUCACAAAACCAAUUAUUUUCUGACACAAGAAUCUGAAUUGGCCCAUCGAAGGACAGACUGACCUCAGCUUUCAGAGAAAUGCAAAUUCUGUCUGUUUUCAGUGAUAGAAUCUUUAUUCAUUUUUCUGAACUGAUAUUAACUUUUUCCCCUCUUGUAUGUACCCCGUAUGCAAUUGAGAUUGACCUACUGCCUUGCUGGCCAAAGUGAACUCCGAAAUAUGCGACUGUGUGUGUUUGUCUUCAUGAAUUCAAAAGACCAAUCAAUCUGAAGCAAUGUUUGAUCCACUCAUUUUGGACAAACACAUCAUGCACUUUUUGUAUGAUAGCUUUCACCUUUUGGACACUAUGUACAGAACUGGUAGGAUUUUAUAGUGUUUCGAAAGUUUAGAAGUGUAUUGUAUAUACUCUGUGACUUGGCUUACAUUUUUAGAAGCUUUGCACUCUAUUACUGUUAAACCAGAAUUGUGUAUACUUGUUGUUGUUCCCCCACCUUCCUUUUGUACACAAAUGUAAAUCUUUAAUAAAAUACUAAUACUGCA